AUGUUCCGUUUCUCAGUCUUCUGCCUGGUGCUGUGUCUAGGAGCGUCCGCGUACGCUGCUAGAAUCGUCUCGCGGAGCGAUCCCAGUGCGGGUGAGCAGUUCGGACUUUAUGCAUAUGGAGAGUCAGUUGGUGGUCUCUCUUUGUUCUACGGGGAUGGCAAGGCUCUAAUUGGCGACCCAGCCAACUCAACUGCUUCGAAUACCUCAGUCAAACGUGCAUCUGAAUCAUCGGAUAGCACUUGGAUUGCCAACCCGAAUGGAACCGCCAAUGCGAACGCCAGCUGGUCCGAUGAGAUGCUUUACAUCCCCAGUUCGUCAUCUUCGGACCAUGAAAUGGGCUUCACGUCUACGAAUAUGUCAGAACGGACUACUACGGGCUUUAUAUUCUAUGGAAAUUGGAUGAUGGUAGAAUCGGAUUCUGGCGACAUCUCUUCCAGCUUCUACGUUCAAGAGAACUCGCAGGGUGAAGGGGUUUACUCCUUGCUGUGGAAUGUGUCUGAUGACACAAUUGCUAUUCCAGUGUCUUUGCGUUCCGUGAAACCUUCUAAUGCUUGA